GAGGUGGAGGAGGAGGAGGAGGAGGAGGAGGAGGAGGAGGAGGAGGAGGAGGAGGUGGAGGAGGAGGAGGAGGAGGAGGAGGAGGAGGAGGAGGUGGAGGAGGAGGAGGAGGAGGAGGAGGAGGAGGAGGAGGAGGAGGAGGAGGAGGAGGAGGAGGAGGAGGUGGAGGAGGAGGAGGAGGAGGAGGAGGAGGAGGAGGAGGAGGAGGAGGAGGAGGAGGAGGAGGAGGAGGAGGAGGAGGAGGAGGAGGAGGUGGAGGAGGAGGAGGAGGAGGAGGAGGAGGAGGAGGUGGAGGAGGAGGAGGAGGAGGAGGAGGAGGAGGAGGAGGAGGAGGAGGAGGAGGAGGAGGAGGAGGAGGAGGUGGAGGAGGAGGAGGAGGUGGAGGAGGAGGAGGAGGAGGAGGAGGAGGAGGAGGAGGAGGAGGAGGAGGAGGAGGUGGAGGAGGAGGAGGAGGAGGUGGAGGAGGAGGAGGAGGAGGAGGAGGAGGAGGAGGAGGAGGAGGAGGAGGAGGAGGAGGAGGUGGAGGAGGAGGAGGAGGAGGAGGAGGAGGAGGAGGAGGAGGAGGAGGAGGAGGAGGAGGAGGAGGAGGAGGAGGAGGAGGAGGAGGAGGAGGAGGAGGAGGAGGAGGAGGAGGAGGAGGGGGGGAAG